CUUGGUUGCGUCGCUAAUUAGGGGUUUUUUUUUUUUUGCGAACUUCAUUUGUUCGACAAACCGGUAUCGGCGAUGGCUUUCUCAACGAUCAUCAGUUCUGCCGCUCCUAUGAUCGGAGGAUCUCGGUGUGAGGUUUCUCACUUUGAUUCUGCAGUUCGUGGCCCCGAACUCUUCAAGGUAUCUCGCGUUAGCGUGAAUCACAGUCUGGAUUCAGCCAGUCUUCGGACUAGCUUGUUUGGUACCAAUGUUUCUUGUGGAUCAUCUUCUUUACAGAAAUGCAGUGCCAGAAGUAUUCAGCCGAUUAGAGCCACAGCUACGGAAAUGCCUCCCACAAUUCGUAAAUCACCAAGCAGUGGCAAGACAAAGGUUGGAAUCAACGGUUUUGGUCGCAUUGGGAGGCUGGUCUUGCGUAUAGCAACAACUAGGGAUGAUAUUGAGGUGGUAGCUCUCAAUGAUCCCUUUAUCGAUGCAAAGUACAUGGCUUACAUGUUCAAGUAUGAUUCAACACAUGGUGUGUUCAAGGGAACCAUUAAGGUUGUAGAUGACUCUACUUUGGAAAUUAAUGGGAAGCAGAUUAAAGUUACCAGCAAAAGGGAUCCAUCAGAGAUCCCCUGGGGUGAUUACAGGGCCGAUUACGUUGUUGAGUCGUCUGGCGUUUUCACAACAAUGGAAAAGGCAGCAUUUCAUUUGAAGGGUGGAGCCAAGAAAGUGGUCAUAUCAGCUCCAUCAGCUGAUGCACCUAUGUUCGUUGUUGGAGUAAAUGAGAAGACUUACAAGCCUAGUAUGAACAUUGUUUCUAAUGCUAGCUGUACUACCAAUUGUCUUGCUCCUCUUGCCAAGGUUGUCCAUGAGCAGUUUGGUAUUCUUGAAGCUCUUAUGACAACUGUGCAUGCAACUACAGCAACACAGAAGACUGUAGAUGGGCCUUCGAUGAAGGACUGGCGAGGUGGCCGUGGCGCUGCGCAGAAUAUCAUCCCUAGUUCCACUGGUGCAGCAAAGGCUGUUGGAAAAGUUCUUCCAGAACUCAAUGGCAAACUCACUGGGAUGGCCUUCCGUGUCCCAACACCAAAUGUUUCAGUUGUGGACUUGACUUGUCGACUUGAAAAGAGUGCAUCAUAUGAAGACGUAAAAGCAGCAAUAAAGUGGGCAUCAGAGGGAACAUUAAAAGGCAUUCUUGGAUACACAGAUGAAGAUGUAGUUUCUAAUGAUUUUGUUGGUGACUCCAGGUCGAGCAUAUUUGAUGCAAAAGCUGGAAUUGGACUGAGUGCUUCAUUCAUGAAACUUGUUUCAUGGUAUGACAAUGAGUGGGGUUACAGUAACCGGGUGUUGGACUUGAUUGAGCACAUGGCAUUGGUGGCUGCCCAGAAUUGAAUGAGUUGUUUGAGCCACAUAGGUCAGGACCGGUUAGGAUUGCUGCUGCUGAUGAGCUUUUAGUAAGGCCUGUCUGUCAGAAGAGAAUGAUGGACCAUAGAUUUAGUAGAGAACGUAGUUUGGAGGGUUCAAUUGAAUAACUAUUUAUUACCUAAAUAAUGCAAUUUCUUCAAUAUAAGAGAGCAAUUCAGCAUAUGUAUUUUAGCUUAU